CAGAAUAGACAUCCUCCCGGAAAUACAGGGAUCCGUACACACAGCAAAAACCUUCCCUCUUGAUGAUGGAGGAUUGUGCAAUGUUGGGCAUUGGGUGUUUUAACUACAAAUUCCCCAUGAAAAAAUACUAGUAAAAGCUCCCAUCUUUCUCUCUCUCUCUCUGCCACACAUCACAUCCCCAGCAGUCUCAGCGUUGCAGCAAUGGCAGCAGGGCAAGGCACUGCUGCUCUGUGUCUCAGUCUUGCAGACGAGCAAAAAAGAGAAAGUAGAUAACCCAUUAAAAACUUUUUUAAGCACAUAAUAAGAAAAGCAAAAGCAAAAAACGAAAUCAAAACCCUCUACUCAAUUAAUACCCAUUUCAGCCCCAAAUUUGUUUUCUUUUUUAAACUAAAAAUUUAAGAGCUUUUUGAUUUGAUAUCUUAGAAAAAGCUCAUGAGUGAGAGAAAUAGAGAAAAGGGUCUCUCUUUUUAAGAGUCUUGACUCACCCAACUCAUCUCCCUUUUAUUAAGCAAAUGCCAAAGUUGCACUGCUGCAGCCAUGAAAACUGGUCUCUUUUCUCUCAAUAACCAAACCCACUUGCCUAAAUCUUUUCCUUCUUCAACUCUGUAGUCUUGUUGGGAAGUUGGGGUUUGAGGGUAAAAAUGGUGGGCAUUAUAGAUCUCAAUACCACGGAGGAGGAUGAAACGACACCGUCUUCUGGGUCUUUGUCUUCUCCAUCCUCGUCUUCUGCUUCUGCUUUAAGUGCUUCUAAUUCAAGUCCUCCUGGUUCUUCUUCGGUGUGUUUGGAGCUCUGGCAUGCUUGUGCGGGCCCACUCAUAUCCUUGCCUAAGAAAGGGAGUGUGGUUGUGUACUUCCCCCAGGGCCACUUGGAACAACUCCCUGAUUUGCCGCUUGCUGCCUAUGAUCUCCCUUCUCACAUAUUCUGUCGGGUUGUGGACGUCAAGCUCCAUGCAGAGGCAUCCAAUGAUGAUGUUUAUGCACAAGUUUCUCUGGCUCCUGAGAGUGAGCAAAUUGAGCAGAUGCUGAAGAAAGGAAAAAAUGAGGGGGAUGGUGAAGAGGAGGACAUGGAAGCAGCUGUGAAGUCAACAACACCCCACAUGUUCUGCAAAACCCUUACUGCUUCUGAUACUAGCACCCAUGGAGGCUUUUCUGUACCUCGUCGAGCUGCUGAAGACUGCUUCCCUCCCUUGGAUUAUGCUCAGCAGAGGCCUUCACAAGAGCUCGUAGCGAAGGAUCUCCAUGGCUUUCAGUGGAGGUUCCGCCAUAUCUACCGCGGACAACCACGGAGGCAUUUGCUCACUACUGGAUGGAGUGCAUUUGUAAACAAGAAGAAACUUCUCUCUGGAGACGCUGUGCUAUUUCUCAGGGGUGAUGACGGGGAAUUGAGACUGGGAAUUCGAAGAGCUGCACAAGUUAAAUGUGGUGCUACUUUACCAGCUUUAUGUAGUCAGCAGUUGAAUCACAGCACUUUCACGGACAUAGUUAAUGCUAUGUCUACGAGAAGUGUUUUCAAUAUUUACUACAAUCCAAGGUCCAGCUCGUCGGAGUUUAUAAUACCUUUACAUAAAUUCUUGAAGAGCCUUGAUCAUUCUUUUUCUAUUGGAAUGAGGUUCAAAAUGCGUUUUGAAACAGAAGAUGCAGCAGAAAGAAGGUAUACGGGAAUAAUAACUGGAAUUAGUGACAUAGAUCCUGCUAGAUGGCCUAGUUCAAAGUGGAGAUGCCUUCUGGUAAGGUGGGACGAUACGGAGACUAGCAGGCACAGUAGAGUUUCUCCUUGGGAAAUUGAGCCAUCAGGCCCUCUUUCUAGUUCUACCAGUUUUAUGGCACCUGUUCUGAAGAGGAGCAGGUCUGGAUUGCCUUCAUUAAAGCCAGAAUUUCCAGUUCCUGAUGGGAUUGGUGUAUCAGACUUUGGGGAAUCUUCAAGGUUCCAGAAGGUCUUGCAAGGUCAAGAAAUUUUGAGUUUUAACACUCUUUAUGAUGGUGUUGAUCAGAAUCGGCGUCCAUCUGAAACGAGGAGGUGUUUUCCGAGCACAGUUAAUGCUGGACUUGCUAAAACAAGAAAUGGUGACAGAGGCCCAGUUGUGAACUCUGACGUUUCCCGUGAAAGCAUAGGCUUUUGUGAAUCUUUUAGAUUCCACAAGGUCUUGCAAGGUCAAGAAAUAAUUCCAAGCUCAUCAUUUGGCAGAGCCUCAACAACUGCUACCGAGGUCUGUGAAAAUGGUUGUUUUGGAAUCUCUAAUGGUGAGCAAGUGACACGCUCAAGAAAUGGAUGGUCUGCCAUGAUGCAGGGCUAUAAUACUCAUAUGCGCCCUUCCACACAGGUACCUUCCCCAUCAUCAGUUCUAAUGUUCCAGCAAGCAAGCAAUCAUGUUUCAUACCAAAGUCCAGCAUACAAUUUUAGUGAGCAGAAGGAGCAAGGAGCUAGCAUUCAAGGUUGGUUUCAUAAUGCUGAAACAUGUGGUGAAAAGCGCUUGUCCUCACAUUCUGAGCGUAUUAUUGGAAGGAACGAUCGUUGGGGCUCGAGUUCUUUUGGUAUAUCACAUAACCAUAUUCAACAUUGCAUUUCACCUCUUGUAGCUCAAUCAACAUUUAAGGAUGGUCAAGAUAUAGUGGCUUCAUGUAAAAGCAGCUGCAGACUCUUUGGUUUCCAGUUGACGGAGGAUAGACAUGUAGCUAACAAGGAUGAUGACGGCCCCAUUACCAUGACAUCUCUUAAUCCUGGAUCUUCCUUUCUGCCUCGAGCUGCAGAGCAGUUCCAUCUGAAGCCUCCGGCAAUAACCAAUGCAGUUGGCAGCAACUGUACUAAAGGGAUUCUGCAACAGCAUCCUGAAAAUUAUCAUAUAUACUAAUGAGCUAAGUAGAGGCGCAGCUGAGGCAAGAGAAGAGAAUGCCUGCAGUUGCAUGGAUAAUACAUAAUUAGCUUAUUUCUGAUGAAAGGAAAAAUGUAAUUAGUAUCCUAAUUUAACCCAGUUAUGUGUGUCUAACUCCCCUGGUUUCUUGUGUUUGUAAUAUUUAUUGGGUUCUAAGUGAGGAGUCUUGUUCAUGAAUUGUCUGUUCAUUCUUGCUUGUUUAAUCCUACAUGGAAAUUAUUACAUGUUUGUUUGUUCGAUUCCAAUAUGAAUUGCUGGUUUAUGUUUUGUCU